AUGGGUCGUUCUGGCAUUAAGAAUAAAAAUUUGCGCUUAAAUCAGUUCAGAAAAAGUAGACGCCUCUUACGAAAACGCUGCUUAACUAGUUUCGAAAAAAGUGUCCAUGAAAACGUUUUACAGAGCGUUGAAAAUACAGUGCAUGAAACAAGACAGCUCGAAAGUGUUACUAAAGAAAAUUUAGAUACCAUAAAUUCUCUUGAAACAACCAAAAGUCAUCCACUAUUUCUAGAAGAAGUAAUUGAAACUGAAAGAGGGCAGAUGGAUCAUGAAAAUUCGGAAAAUACCUCUCUAAGCGGCAGAAGAUUAAUUGACGUUUCAUAUUUUUUUCAAAAAUUGCUAAAUGGUGAAAAACAUAAACCAUUUGAAUGCGAUAUUACUGACAUGACACUUGUUCAAGAAGUUCAAAAAAGAAGAAGCCCUUCGAGCAACAUGUUUGUUCCUGUUAUUUUACGAAAGGAAUUGGAGAAAAAUUCCAAAAGAUUAAGAUUUGCAAUUAGUAAAGCAGCAAAAUACCGUAUUGCUGAAAACACAUCAUUUGAUGAAAAAAUUAAAAAUCUAAAAAAGGACAUUAUAAAUGCACCCUCUCACGUUUUCGGUGAACAUCUUAAAUGCCAGGAAAUAAAAUAUUUUAAAUGUGACAAGACAGAUGUCAAUAACUUAGUGCCUCCAAUGAAAGAGUGUGGUUUAUACAGAGAUGUAGAAAUCUGUUUAAAUCGCAUAAUCUUAAAUAUUGAUAGUUUGCUGUACAACAUGGACAAUAAUACGGCAGAACAUUAUAACUCCUUAGUAUCUGAGGCAUUUAGUUAUCUACGUUGUGAGCCUAAUAUUGAACGUAAUUUUCAGACUUAUUUUGAAUCUGGUAUGACACCGAGUGCUGCAAAAACAUAUCAUGAAAUGCAACUGAUAGAAAAAUACGGGGCAGAUAUUUUUACAUACUUAGCAAAUGGUCAUUUGAAUCCAAUUGAUAAUUAUGUAUACUAUUUCAAAAAUGGAGAACUUCAAGAUAUGGUGACAGAGCAGAACAAAAUAUAAAUGAAGUGAUUAUGCAAAGAAAAAAUAAAUUAGAAGAGGAAGAUUUUGUUGUUACAUUCAAGGAAAAUCCUAGGAUAAUAGUGAUUAUAACACCAAUUAUGAAACGAGCUUUUCUUAAGGGACUUUCAGAUAAAAUUGUGUUUGUGGAUACAAGUAGUUCAUGUGACCAGACAAAUACAAAUGUAACAUUUUGUUUUACGGUUCAUAAAGUGUGUGCUAUUCCUACAGCUUGUGUAUUGCACACUGAACAGUCGGAAGCUAACUAUACUUUAGCAUUCUCAGCUAUCAAAGGGGCACUUGAAAAAGACGGUUUCGAAAAAAAA